AAGAUAUAAAAAUCGAUAUUUUUGUUUGUUGCUUUUCCAAUGUAAUCAUUGAUUGAGAAUCAAUUGUUAUCUUGUUACAAUUAUUCCUGAUUGUUGUUGUUUUCUUAAUCUUCUCAAUCAAUUUUAAUCCAAUUGUAAUUCUAACGAUGACUCAAUCACUUUGGUGGAGUAAAUCAAAUCCAUUGAAAGGUAAACCAGUCAAAUCUUCACGCUACCAACUAAGUACAGGUAAAAGUGUCCUGAUUUUAGGCGUGAUUGUCGCUUGUUUCGCGAUUUUAUGGCCUAAGAUAUUUUACCCGAUGAUCGAAGUGGCCCUUCGUUCACCAAAACCUCGAUUCAAUGACAAUAUCGCUAUGGUUCAUCCUCGAGUUCGUCAACAUAUACUCAAAGAUAUUCGUUACUCUAAGUCAACUAAUCAGCCCUUUAUUGGACUGCCGACGAGAUCGACAUUAGGCCAUAUGAAGGCCAAAGAGUCUGGUGGAUUAUUUAAUCUCUUGAUGCCUUUUUACACCAUUGGAUUAUUCGUUGUCUUCCUUUAUACAAUUCUUAAGUUUAUGUCCAAAGACGAUGAUGAGAAUGUCGAUGAUGAUCGAGUUGAGAUGGACAUCGAAGAUUUGUCAAAUGAUCAACCGUUAAUCAAAGAUUUCCAAAUGGAUCCUGAAUACAGGAAGUUCGUUUUCAGUGAAGAGUAUGAUGAAAAUGGAGAAAAUAUAAAACGAGCAAAAUCAGUUAAUCUAAGAUUAAAACGACGAUUUAGAAAUGAGAAGAAAUCAAAUUCUAAAUGUUCAACAACAUCGAUCAAUCAAGACAAAGAAAACGAUAUGAAAAAAGAUGAACAAAUUUGUCAGCUUAAAAAACGUUUACAAGUAACAGAAAAUGCAAUGGAAAAUAUUCUGAAACAAAUUGGUUCGCUAAAUCAAGUGCUCGAGGCUAAAGGACUUUUACUGGACGAGGUUGAAAGUAUCAACACCGAGAACAUGGAACCAGAUGAAAUCUAUCGCAGUGAUGAGGAGAUUAUCAAACGAAAAUUUGACAAAAUUGGUGAUGAGGAACAUGGAACCUCUGAUGAUUCAGUUUACAGCAGUGAGAAUCAGGAUAGAUCAACUUCAGAAUAUGAUUCGGAUUCAUCGUUGGCCACAACUUCAUCAAAAUGUGAAUUGGAAGAGUAAUUGAAAGACAAUUGUUAAUUUUUUAAAUUAAUUGUCUGAUUUAAGUUUUUUCCGAUAAGUUUUGUGCAACUGAGCUCAGGAAUAUUUUUCUUUUGAUAUUACUGGUGGUAGGUAAUAUAAAAGAACGAAUCUGAUAAAAAAAAUCUUUUCGUGAAUGUAAAUGUUAAUCAUGUAAUCCAUUGGUUUUUUGUUGACGACUGUUUCUCUUUUUGUAAUAAUUAGUGAAGAAAAGUAAUAACGUUGAUUAAACACUAUGUAUAAGCUCAU